AUGCGGUUCACCGAUCGGAACUCUCUUAUUGCCUCAAUAUUCCUUGCAAUCCCUUCCUUUUCGUCGGCCUUUUACCUCCCCGGUGUCGCCCCGUCCUCCUACGAUCAGGGUCAAAGCGUCCCUCUCUUUGUCAAUCAUUUGACCCCCGGCCUUUCACUAGAUGAUCAACUCCACUCCGUCUUUGCAUACGACUAUUACCACCCGGCCUUUCACUUCUGCCGACCGGAAGAUGGCGUAAAGGAUGUGAGGGAAUCCCUGGGUAGUAUCUUAUUCGGUGAUCGUAUCCAAACCUCUCCACUGGACUUACACAUGGCCCAAGAUGAGGAAUGUAAAGCCAUCUGUGGAGAGGUCAAGUUUGAUGCUCGCAGUGCCAAAUUUGUCAACCGCCGCAUCUCCCAGGGAUAUAACAUCAACUGGCUCGUGGAUGGACUGCCCGGAGCGCAGCUGAAUAUGGACGAAAACACCCAAACCCAAUUCUACAGUCCCGGUUUCGCUUUGGGUGACUUGGACGAAAAUGGACAAGCUGUGCUGAACAACCACUUCAACAUCCUAAUCGACUACCACCGCGUCGGAUAUGGUGGCAAGGACAAGCUCCGUGUGGUGGGCGUCCUCGUUCAGCCCGAGUCUCGUGCCGAUUCUCGGCUCCUGGAUGACGGGACCGCCCAAUGCGGCACAAAGGGAACCUUUGUUACUUUGAACGAAGAUGGAGAGGCUGAAACUCCGGUCACCUGGACUUACAGUGUCCAAUGGAAGGAAUCAUCUACAGCAUGGGCUACCCGUUGGGACAAAUAUCUUCAUGUUUACGACCCGAAGAUUCAUUGGUUCUCUCUCAUCAACUCUGCCGUCUUUGUUGUUUUCUUGGUAGGUAUGGUCAGCAUGAUUCUUGUUCGGGCUCUAAAAAAGGAUAUCGCCCGUUACAACCGAUUGGAUUCGUUCAACCUGGAAGAUCUGGACGGCACCUCUGCUGCUGUCGAAGAUGGAAUCCAGGAGGACUCGGGGUGGAAGUUGGUCCACGGUGACGUCUUCCGAUGCCCCAAGUCCCCUCUCUUGCUUAGUGUACUGCUGGGCAAUGGCGCUCAGCUCUUUAUGAUGACCGGGGUGACCGUCGCAUUCGCACUUCUCGGCCUCCUCUCCCCGGCCAACCGUGGUUUCCUGGCUACUGCCAUUCUCUUAAUCUCUGCCCUUUUCGGUUCCAUCGGUGGCUACGUGUCGGCGCGUGUCUACAAAGCCUUUGGCGGUGAGGCCUGGAAGCGCAACAUCAUCAUGACUCCCUUGUUGAUUCCUGGUUUUGUCUUUUGCAUUUUCUUCUUCCUCAAUUUGUUCGUGUGGGCCAAGGGUUCUAGCGGUGCUGUGCCAUUCGGCACAAUGCUGGCCCUGGUCCUCAUAUGGUUUGUCAUCAGCGUUCCGUUGAGUGUUGCCGGUAGUUGGCUUGGAUUCAGACAAAAGGCUAUCGAGGGCCCAACCAAAACUAACCAGAUUCCCCGUCAAGUGCCUCCAAUGGUUGGUAGCCUUCGAACCACUCCAUCUAUUCUCCUAACGGGUAUUUUGCCCUUUGGUGCUAUCUUUGUUGAACUCUAUUUCAUCAUGACCUCGCUCUGGACCAACAAGAUCUAUUACAUGUUCGGAUUCCUGUUUCUGUGCUAUGGUCUGAUGAUCAUCACGUCCGCAGCCACCACCGUUCUACUGGUCUACUUCUUGCUGUGCGCCGAGAACUACCGGUGGCACUGGCGCGCCUUCGCCGGCGCUGGUAUGGCAGGUGGAUAUGUGUUCCUGAACGCGCUUGUCUUCUGGGCGACCCGAGUAAGCUUUGGUGGCUUGACCGGAGCUGUGCUUUAUGUGGGCUAUUCGGCCUUGAUUGGUUUCCUUGUCUUCAUUCUAACCGGCUCUAUUGGUUUCUUCGCCAGUUGGGCAUUUGUGCAACGCAUCUACGGGUCCAUCAAGGUGGAUUAG